GAUGGUCGGUUGCGCGUGGACGAUCGUAUUCUCUACAUCAAUAAUGUCUGUGUCAGUCAAAUGCGGUUUAAGGAGAUCCUGCGUGUUUACCGGGCUAUUUCCGACAGGGCUCGGACCACUGAGGACAUUCAGCGUGGCAUCAACUUCCGACCAAUCCGAUUCGUCGUCAGCCGGCCCGCCACGCGUGUCGAUAGCCAACGCACUGAGGCCUCCUCCCAGCAGAAGCUUGUGGUGCUCCGCAAGUCGAUGCUUCAAGCCGCGAAGGAUCUUGCUCAGCUGGCGGAGAGUCCACAACGAGUAUGUCCUACUCCAUCGCCUUGCAUAA